UAAUCUGCAAGAGACAGAAGAGUGGCAUAUCAUGUCAAACUGGUCACCUGUGCAGGUGCUGUGGUCGGUGUUCUGUAGUUUACUGGUGCCCAGAGAAGUCUUGUGUAUCCCAGACAGGCUCUCACAGGUGGACUAGUCAGACAGGUUUGGACCAGAAACCUUUCGUUCAAUCAUUUCUGGGGGCGAUGUAGGACAGCUAACAUGAAUACAGUCGCGACUGUUGCGCUUCUUGGGGUGUUUUUAACUGCAACAGCGGCAGUUUCGGGCAACGGCUCCACCGAAACGCUGAUGACAGCCAACCCUGGCGACAUCGCUGUACUUCCUUGUUACACCGUCGGUAAUGAGACACCGUCUCUGACAACGUGGACGAAAGAUGGGCGAGAAGUCAGCAGCGGCGGCGUUUCAGCGAGCCCUCCACCCGCUGGACAGCGCCUCGUCGUGCUGCAUGAUGGGAGUCUGAACAUCAUAGGAGUGUUAACUGGGGAUGAGGGGAGCUACCUGUGCAGCUCCAUUUUGCCAGUCAACCGCAGCUUCCAGGCGCGCGUGCUGCUUCAGGUUACAAGUGGACCAGAUGAAGUAUCAGCAUCCAUAUCUGCAAACAGUGUGUUGCACAACGGGACCGUCGUAGCCUAUCGGGGCUCUUCUGUCACCUUGAACUGCUCCGCCUUCUCCUACCCAUCUCAGCAGCUGAGCUGGGCCUUCAAAGGUGCAUCAUACAGCAACGACACACUGGCUUCCACCUCAGAAUCCAGUCUUGGCUUCAAAAUGGAGAACGUUCAGCCCAGCACUCAAGGAGUUUACACCUGCAUGGCCCUCAACACCGUCUCUAACAAGUCGGUCAGCAAGAGCACAGAGCUGCUGGUGUAUUAUGUUCCAGGAACACACCCUGACUGUAGAUGGGAGCCAACGCAAGACCCCUCCUACGUCCACUUCAUCUGCUCCUGGUUUGGAUUGUAUCCCACGCCAAAGCUUCUUUGGGGGAAAGACGGUGCGUUCCAGGAGACGGACAGACUCACGGCGAAGGUGAACCGCUCUCUACUGUCUGACGGGCAGAUUCUGACCUGCAAGGCCCAGCACCAACUGCUCAAUCUGCAGGAAGAGAAGUCGUGUUCGUUUACCCUCAUGUCUCCGUACCCUGUGGGUGAUCCGCUGGUCACGGCUCUGGAGGCAACCAGCAUAACUCUGACCUGCAGUGAGACCACAUCUUCCCCCCCUGCCAACACUACAUGGAGAAGAGGGCUACAGCAGGACAGCAUCGUUACCGGGUCCAAAUACGUCCUGUCUGAGGAUGGCCCCACCUUCAAACUGACCAUAUUCAACAUCAGCAAGGAUGACGAAGGAGUCUAUUUCUGCCGCAGCGAGAACCCGUUCGCUGUCCGAGAACUGGAAGUCUACCUCACUGUGAAGGCAGCGUCCUCCGCCUACACCGGCGCGAUCAUCGGCGUCUUUAUAGCUGCGCUGAUUGUGGGCUCAGCGAUAAUCGUGACAAAAACGCUUUACUCCAGUCGACACCGAAUUUGCCUGGGAGGAGGCUUUGGGCAAAUGAUGGAGGAGGAAAAUGGAGAUGUGCUGAGUCUGGUGGACUCGGAUGACGAACAGAUCUUUCAGGACACUGUUCCUCAGCUGCCUCCAUUAACUAACGGUUGCCACACCACGCUUGUCCAGAUACACCGGAUACCAUCCAGUGAUCAUGAGGAUGCAGAAAGUAGUGACACAAGGCCUCAGCAGCAGGAAGACACUGAACAAACACAAGAACCAGCUGAUCUUGUAAAAUUUUAGGUACUGGGUAUUUUGAAAUUGUUUUUAUUUGAGGUAAAUACAUUUUACCUCCAUUAAGAAUGGCAACUGAGUUGGUGGAAGAUGUAAUAUGUUUUUUUUAUAUAUUUUUUAUUUUUUUGACCUGCAUAUUUUUAUGAUCAGUUUGUUUGUACAGCAGUUUGAAUGUGUAAUUUUAACGCAGUGAAUAUGUUUGUGUAAACAAAUUGGAAGUUUUUUUGCCUCCAUUCUGUAUUGCACACAUACUGUUGGAUACACCCUCUGCCUGUCCAUGUCUGCAACAGAUUCACUGGAGUUUAUCAAGCAUCUUUGUUUAAGUUUGCUUACACAAAGACUGACUGUCAGUUUUUGAACAAAGCAAGUUAAUGAGAAAUCACGAUGAUUGUAAAAAUAAACAUUUAAAUUAAAACUAAAACCGUACAAUCACUAGUCACUUUAUCAGGCACAGCUUGCUGGUACUGGGUUGGACACCUUUUGUCUUCAAAACUCCCUUAAUAUGUCAUUACAUAGAUUCAACACUGUGUUGAAACAUCGCUCAGGGAUUUUGCUCCAUAUUGACAUGUUAGCAUCACACAGUUGCAGCAGAUUUGUCAGCUGCAUCCAUGAUGAGAAUCUCCCGUUCCACCACACCCCAAAGCUGCUCUAUUGGAUUAAGAUGUAGUGACU